AUGACAGGCCGUCAAAAUGAAUACUUUAUUCCGGGCGAUGGUAUCAGCCGCGAGGUGAUCCAAGCAGAUAUCUGUCGCUACCUUGGGAAUGAUGCUCUAGUGAGACCCGGAAACCACAAUGGCCGCCCGGGUUUCUUCAUCCGUGCCUAUCGGAAUCUCACAUCUGAGAUGAUUGCUGAUUUGAAAGCUGACUCCGCUCGUUGGGAGGCAGACGUGUCCCGACGGGCUGACUUAGGCUAUCCGAGAGGUAGUUACGUUCAAGAUAUGAACAUUUCUCAUGCCCCUAACACUGUCCCAGCGAACUAUGCCUCAUCAGGCAUGCAUGAGGUUCGCCCGCAACAGCAACAACAGGGGCCUUCCCCUACCACUUUCAGUGCUGCUCCCGCACAACAGUACAUGGACCCCUACUCCCAGAGUCCGUACAGCGGAUCCCAAAGUGCACCUUACAACAACAACCCUUCCUACAGCUCCACACACUCGCCAUACGGAUCAGGCCAGGCCCCAUACCCCCCGCCUCAGGUCUCCUAUUCUGGCUCAUCCCAGCCAGUUGUGACUGCUGCUGAUAUGCAUCCUUCUUCCUAUACCUACUCGAACACUGGCUACGGUUACGAGGGCGGUGGCCGAAAUGCCCCCAGAUACCCAGGACCUGGUUAUGAUGCCGAGUCGGACUAUUCCCCCGUGACUACCGGGAUGGCGUAUCCUACCACUACUGCCCCAGACCCUCGGAUAGGAAUGGAGCCAAGAUACACACCGGAAUACGAACGCAGUAGGCCGCAGCCAGCCCGCGAACGGGAACCCCAUCGUCGGCGGUAA